AUGCCUUCCCUCGCCAAGGAUGAAGUGGAUAUGGACUUCUGGCAAACGGGGCUUCCCCAGAUCGCAACGAACUAUGAAUAUGUCAUGAGCGGCUUAUUAGCAGUCGCCGCACUCCAUCUCGCAUCUUUAGAUGUUGAUCCAUCUUCGUGGCUGGAAAUUGCCCUCACAUACCAGAACCAAGCCAUCGCUGGCUUAGGCCAGAACCUGGCCAACGAUCCGCAGAACCUCGAGGCGACUUUUGCCUGCUCGAUUAUGGUCCUUAUCUUCGUCACUGGGUAUCCCUGUGUCUGCAAAGACGGGCAUUCAGAUGAUCCCUUGCACGAGAUUCUGAUGAUUCGUUCGUUCCUGGGCGGAUGUUCAAUCCUAAUCGAUAAGUUAAAGGAAUACCACCCAGAGGAGAAAGCAUCCAUGCAUCGAUGGAUCCAUCGGAGUAGCGAAAGCGAGCAGUAUCUGUCGACCAACAGAUCGGCAAAAGUCAAAGUAGAAGAAUUCCAGACUGUCAUUGAUCAAGGUCAACCCUCGCGGCGAGAGAUGUAUCAAAGGACGUAUGAUCUGCUCGUGGCUGUGUUUGACAGAUGGCCAGCUGGAAACGGAAGUUUAGGAUGGCCCCUCGAGGUCAGCGACUCAUUUAUCGAGAUGGUGAGACAGGGAGACUGGAUAGCUCGUAUUCUUCUGCUGUUCCAUGGCCUGGGUAUGCAUCUAUCUUCGCGAAAGUGGUUUGCCCGUGGGUCGGGAAGGAGAUUGAUCUUGGGUACUCUACGACUUGUGGAAGAUAUCCCACCUGCAUGGGUGGACCUAGUCCAGUGGAUUAGACAGGCAGUAGAGCCUUAA